AAGUGUGACAAUGUUGUUUCUGAGCAGGUUAGUUCUUAGUUCUUAGUUCCCUGUUUUUUUAGAGAUGACAACAUAAGUAGCUGUAUAUAAGAGCUGGUGUCUCUUCUAUUCAGUGCUUCCACGCUGAAGUGAAGGCGAGACAAAGGUAAUCAUCAUCUCAUCCAUUCCACCAUGAAGAUUCUGACUGUGUCUGCACUUGUUUGUGCUGUGAUGGCUCUGACUGCUGCUCUUCCAGAGGCAUCACCAGAGAGUGAUCAAACAGCCAAGAGUCACCUGGUCAAGAGGUCAACAUCCUGUACCGGUAGAUGGUCUGAGUUCAACGGUCGCUGUUUCCACUACGUUCCAAGACCCAUGACUUGGGCCAAAGCUGAGAAAAACUGCCUGUCCAUGGGAGGAAACCUUGCAUCCGUUCACACCGAACUGGAGUACCAUGAGAUUCAGCGGCUGAUAAUGAGCGCCAGUUAUGAGUAUAAAAUAACAUGGAUCGGAGGCUCUGACGCACAAGAGGAGAAGCAGUGGUUCUGGAGCGAUGGUACACCCUUCAACUACGUGAACUGGUGUCCUGGAGAGCCUAAUAACCUGGGCGGCAGGCAGAGUUGCUUGCAAAUUAAUCAUGGAGACCAGAAGUGCUGGGAUGACUGUCAGUGCUCCUAUAAAAGACCGUUUGUCUGUGCCAAGAAAAUCUGAGGCUUCCUGUGCUGACACAGAGGCACGAAGGCAUCUGUCUUUGUACCAUCAGUCUCACACCGAGCUGACGUUUCUUUAUCUACUUUCAUAGCUUUAUCGCUGUAAUGCUGUUUAAGGAACGAAACGACAAGCAACAUAAACUGGAGCUGGACUGUCUCUUGUGUCUUUAAUAAGAGCAGAUUGAAUGUGUUAUGAAAAGAAUGCUUUAAGCACAACCUAACCUAUAUUCUGCAGAGUGAGCUGAUAUUUCUGUAUCUUUAACAAUAAAAGGCAUUGGAACAA